AUGAGUUAUGUACGUGAUCCAAUUAUUUGGGCGCGCGCUCAUUACGCGCUAAGUGUGAAAUAUGGCCGGCGUUAUUACGCCGCUGACUCUCGCCCCCCAGCGGGGAGACCUAGGGGCCGGGGAUUCAGGGUGAGCCGAGAGUGGAAGGAGGGGGGGGCUGCAGCGUUGCAACUGCUACAGUGCCACCACCGACACUCGACCCCCGGUCUCCACCGUACCCCACCCCCGCUACGCCUGCAGCCGCCCGCCCGCGGCCACGGAGCGACCCGCCCGCCCAGCGAUCUAUGCAAUUUUGCAAAAGAAAAUACUCUUACUCUUUUGUUUCCUCCACAUCUACAAGUAAAAUAA